ACAAGUCUUUGAGUGCAUGGGGUCCGUCAAGUCGGCAGAAGUUAAACUUUUUUACCUGAAAGAAGCUAUGAUUCCGAACGCGGCGAAGAAAUUGGGAGCCCAAGAUGCCUUGCUGCAGUGUGCUUUUAAGCCCAAAGAAAUUUGGGACCUCAUGUGCAAGAUAAUGAAUAUGUGGCAGAAGGGUGAGAUCAAAGGCCAGAAACUGAAGCCGGCAACGAAAAACAUCCUGAAAUCGGAUCAGGAUCUGGAAUCGAGCGAGUCGGAGGACGGAAAGAAAAGCCAGCGUGGGAAGAGGCUUGAAAGGGCAGCUGCGAAGGAGCAAGAGAUGGCGCUUUUGCACCCUCAAGUGCAAAUGCGGGGUAGCAAAGUCCCCAUGGUCGCCGACGACAUGCCCGCGCAACAUUGGAUAGCCAUGGGUAGUAUGGCUCAAGAGCACGCCGUCCCUAUCCUCCUUGAGAUGGAGAAGAAGUUCCAGCUUGUCAAGCAAGUCGCGUACGUCUGCAAGGCCUUCGCAGUGGGGGUGGGUUGUGCUGACUUCAAGGAGGCCGAGAAAUACUAUCCUCUCCACACGAAGAAAGACAUGUUGGAGAAGUUCGUCAGUGGCGUCAGGAGGGGUCAGAAGAGUAUCCCCGCACUGGAUGGCUAUAUUAAAAGGGCUUUGGACUGGAAGAGUAAGGAGAGGAGACUGCAAGCAAAGGAGGAUCUUCACGCGUUCCGUUCGACACCUCUCACGGAGCCCUUCGUCGACACGACGGAGGUGAAACAUGAGAACGAUGCGGCGAAAGUGAAGAUUAUCAACAGCGACAUACGCCUGCUGUUUAAGCUGCAGAUGGAGAAGCUGCCAAUAUCUCUAGCGAUUUUCGACUUCCCUUAUGGCUUCGCACACGAGGGACAUGCGUCUGAUCAUGAGCUGUUUCCGGAGUCGGACGUUCUGGAGGUUCUUCAGAAUCUGAAGGACGUGUCUAGUGCCCCCUUGUGGACAGUUGCGGGAUUCUGCUCAGUGGACAUGCUUCCUUCCAUUCGCUCCGCGCUCCGCAUUCAGAGAAGUUUGCAAUGCAGGGUAGGAGCUUUUGACGUGGUGCAAGCCCAAUGUGAUGAAUCCCGGUGGGCCUCAACUUGUGAGUGUGACGGAAUUCUGUGUGCUGGGCUACUACAGCCAGACUGGGCAGCGCGAGAUGGCGCACUGCAACUUUGAUCCUACGGAUCCGCGUCACUACUUCCAGCUCUUUAAUGUUGUGACGCAGAAGUACCAGCACCCUAGCUGCAGUGUCCUCUGCCCGUACCAAAAG